UAUACGCUAAGCAGACUGUUCGUACAGUCGAUAAGUUGUUACGUCGCCGACCAUGACGAAAGCGCGACAGGGCCUGAAUAUCAUUGAGUUUGAUCCAAACACUACCUGCUACGGAAAGAGAAUCCCAAAAGAAGCCUGGGACAAAAUCAGAGUUCAGGUGUUGCCGUACUUGGCCUUGCCAGUUGCCAAAAUCCGAGAACAACUCGAGUCACAGGAAAUUUACGUCACAGAAAACCAACUUUACCGGAAAAUCAGGACAUGGCGAUCCGAGAAGGAGGGGAUCAAGCGAAUCUCCCUGGGCGACAGGUCCCCUCGGGAUCUCGCCACACUGAAGCAAGUCGGUGGCCGCGAGAAGAAAAAAACCAAAGACAUUGCACAGACGCCGCGGGUCCGCGUCACACCCCGGUUCACGACCAUGGACUCUACCACUUCAAACAUUGACUCCGAUCUUGAAUCAACACCGCAGCGUACGAAUCCUCCGGUCCCCUCGCAACCCUCGGUACAGAGACAAAAAGUGGUAUUCGGGGACCACAACCGAAAUGGCCACAUCUCAUCCGACCGUGGCUGAGGGUUCUUCCCC